GUGAAUAAACCAAAUAAGUGAAACUUUAUUUAUAAAUUUUGUGUACCUCUAGUUUCUAGCGUGUUGAAUCUAUAUUUAAAUAUAUACAUUGCAGCACUCAAUACAUUAAACCAUGCCGAACAUAAAGUUACAGUCAUCCGAUAACGAGAUCUUCGAUGUAGAUGUUGAAAUCGCUAAAUGUUCCGUCACAAUCAAAACCAUGUUGGAAGAUCUUGGCAUGGACGAAGAUGAGGAGGAAUCAGUGCCGUUGCCUAAUGUAAAUUCUGCUAUUUUGAAGAAGGUGAUCCAAUGGGCUACGUACCAUAAAGACGAUCCUCCCCUACAAGACGAUGACGAGAACAAAGAGAAAAGGACAGACGACAUUUCAUCCUGGGAUGCUGAUUUUUUGAAAGUUGAUCAGGGAACCCUGUUUGAACUCAUCUUAGCGGCGAAUUAUUUAGAUAUCAAAGGUUUAUUGGAUGUGACAUGCAAGACGGUUGCAAAUAUGAUUAAGGGCAAAACUCCAGAGGAGAUACGCAAGACAUUCAAUAUCAAGAAUGAUUUCACGGCUGCGGAGGAAGAUCAGGUGCGCAAGGAGAAUGAGUGGUGCGAGGAGAAGUAAGCCUUUGAUUUCAUCAGCUAUUUACAGAACUACAAACAGCAAUAUUAUAAUGGAUGAGGACUUGGGAAAACAUACUAAUCUCUCCACAUGAUAGAA